AUUUUACAAAAUUUGCAUAAUAAAAAAAAGCUAAAGGAAUUUAAGAAUGUCAGAAAGGAGGGUGGCGCUAAACCGUGCGCUGCACAAAUAACCCUUACAAUCUUCCUUGCCAAGCUUUUUCCCUUGUUGCCUAUAUAAAUACUACGUACUACUACUGAAUUUUUCAGUACUGAAAACAAUUCAAACAAUGGCCACAAUAACGAAGCUUAAAGUGGAUGAACUUCGUAAAGAACUUUCAAUUCGGGGUCUUGACAUCACCGGAACCAAAUCCAUAUUGGUAAGGAGAUUGGAGGAGGAAAACAAGAAGCAGAAAUUGAGUGGUGAUAAGAAAAGACUAAGGGUUGAUGAUACUGACUCAAUUGGGCCAGGGAAAAUGAAUGCUGUGGAGGAGUAUAAGAAAAUGAGUGUUAAGGAGUUAAGGGAGGUAGCUACUUCUCGUGGGAUUUCCAGUACUGGGUCGAAGAAAGAACUUGUUGAAAGGCUUUGUGAUGCUGCUGCUGAUUCACCGAAUGACAAGUCAAAAGAUGAUCUUGGAGUUGGGGAUGAAGGUGACACAGAGAAAUUGGUCACAGCAACAAAGAAGGGUGCAGCCGUUUUGGAUCAAUACCUGUCAGAUGAUAUCAAGGCACGGUACCAUGUCCUGCAACAAGGCGAUGAGAUUUACGAUGCCACACUGAACCAAACAAAUGUUGGGAACAACAAUAACAAGUAUUACGUCAUUCAAGUUCUAGAGAACGAUAGUGGUGGGAAUUUCCUUGUUUACACUAGAUGGGGUAGAGUUGGUGCAAAGGGUGGAACGAAGAUCAAUGGUCCCUUUACGUCUGCUGAUGAUGCCACAUCUGAGUUUGAGAGCAAAUUCUAUGAGAAGACCAAGAACCAUUGGUCUAACCGCAAAGAUUUUGUUUGUCAACCAAAGCAAUAUACUUGGUUGGAAAUGGACUAUGAUGAAAAUGGGAAAGAGUCAUCAGUCGUAGGACAGUCCAACCCAGUACCAAAAAGUCAACCUCGUGAGACUAAGCUGGAGGCUCCGAUUGAAAAGUUCAUAUCCCUUAUUUGCGACAUCAAUAUGAUGAGGCAGCAAAUGAUGGAAAUAGGGUACAAUGCUAACAAGUUGCCACUCGGUAAAUUGAGCAAAACAACUAUUUUAAAGGGUUAUGAUGUCUUGAAAAGGAUUUCUGAUGUAAUUGGACAGUCCAACAGAACACUGCUUGAAGACUUGAGCAGUCAAUUCUAUACAGUCAUUCCUCAUGAUUUUGGCUUCAAGAAGAUGCGUGAAUUUGUCAUCGACACCCCUCAGAAGUUAAAACGCAAAAUUGAAAUGGUCGAAGCUCUUGCUGAAAUUGAAGUCGCAACUAAGAUAUUGGAGGAUAACACCGAUAUACAGGAGGAUCCCUUGUAUUAUCAAUAUGAACAACUUCGUUGCAAACUUGUUCCAGUUGAAGUUGGUUCCCAAGAAUUUCUCAUGAUUGAGAAUUACAUGAAGAAUACCCAUGCAAAAACUCAUUCUGGUUAUGCUGUCGAUAUUGUUCAAGUAUUUAGGGCAUCAAGAGAUGGUGAAACUGAAAGAUUCCAGAAGUUCUCUGAUACAAGUAACAGGAUGCUUCUAUGGCAUGGUUCUCGGCUCACAAACUGGGCUGGCAUUCUUUCGCAAGGUUUACGAAUUGCUCCUCCAGAAGCACCUUCGACAGGGUACAUGUUUGGGAAAGGGGUUUAUUUUGCCGAUAUGUUCUCCAAAAGUGCAAAUUAUUGCUACGCCUCCUCUGCUGCUAGGAAUGGUGUGCUUCUGUUGUGUGAGGUUGCUCUUGGUGACAUGAAUGAGCUGCUAUCAGCCGACUACUAUGCUGAUAAGUUGCCUCCAGGAAAGCUAAGCACAAAAGGAGUCGGUGCCACGGCCCCAGAUUUUGCAAAAUCUCAAAUACUUGAAGAUGGUGUCGUCGUUCCUUUGGGAAAGCCAAAGGCGCAACGAAAGCAGGGUAGUUUGUUGUAUAAUGAGUACAUAGUUUACAAUGUGGAACAAAUAAGAAUGCGCUAUGUUAUCCAGGUUGAGUUCAAUUAUGGGAGAUAAUCAUAUUGUAAAAAUAAUUUCAUCUUUUAUUCCAACUAUCAUGAAUUUCCUUAUACAUUAAUGUAUCAUGAAAAUUUUGAUAGUUUUGAAUCGUCUAUGCUAUUCAACUUAAGGUAGUUUGUUACUCAUCUCUUUUGUAACAAUAAAAUCGUUCAUGUUUGCCUGUUA